AAAACAAAAUGCAUGCAUACGAUGGUAGAGGAGGAGGAAAUAGUUUGUCUUAGCGAAUUAUAUACAGAACGAUGGAAAUUUCGUUGGUUUAGUUUUUAAUGUACCGUUGAUGAUAGGUACACGACGUUGUGUGUGGUGUGGAAGUGUAGUUUCUGUAGUUCUUUAAAUGUUAAAUGGAGUUUUAUUAAAUUUUUUAUAGUUGGUGUGUACAACGACAUUUUGUGAGGUUUACUAUCUGAACCAUCGGUUCCAUACAAAGUCGACUCUUUUAACAUUCAAUGUGUUUCGCUUUUUAAAUCGGUAAAGCGUUUGGCAUCAAAGUGGCACUCGUUAAAAUAUUUUUCCAAAAUUAGUUUGAAUAAUUUCAACGUUCUGUGAACGUUUGACAUGGAUUGUUAAUUUGUUUACCUUCACUUUUUAUUUGGAUAACGGAGCUUAUCUUGGAGUUUAUGGACAACAAUUUUUCAGUAUUUUUUAUAUUAGCAAGCCAAUAAUGUCGCAAUACUUACAAUCAAUUCAUCAAAAUGUUUCCAAAACCACCCUACUCACAAUCACCAUUGCUUUAUACUUCGGAAUAUUCAUCGGUUUAUGUCAUGGUCAUGGACGAUUGAUCGAACCUCCUAGUCGAUCAUCAGCGUGGAGAUAUGGAUUUCAAACACCUCCAAAUUACAACGAUCAUGAAUUGUAUUGCGGCGGAUUCACCAGGCAACAAAGAAAUGGUGGGAAAUGUGGCGAAUGCGGUGAUCCCUGGGAUGCACCACAGCCUAGAGCAAACGAGUAUGGUGGAAGAUUUGGUCAAGGUGUUGUUGUAAGAAAAUAUAACCCAGGCAGUGAUAUUACAUUGAGGGUUGAAUUAACGGCAUCGCAUAUGGGAUACUUCGAAUUCCGGGUAUGUCCGGAAAUUGCGGCAAAACAAGAGUGUCUAGACAAACAUGUACUAGAAUUGCUAGGUGGUAGUCCGAGCGUUCCACAUCCGAAUGACUUAAGUACAAGAUUUUAUCCUCGCAAUGGAAGCCGAAUAUAUGAAAUAAAAGGACGACUGCCCAAUGGUCUGGAGUGUCCAAACUGUGUUUUGCAAUGGCGUUACAUAGCUGGUAAUAAUUGGGGCAUGUGUCCCGAUGGAACUGGAGCUGUGGGAUGUGGCGCCCAAGAAGAAUUUAGAGCAUGUGCGGAUAUUAAUAUUGGAGACAUUGGACCUCAAGCACCUCUUCGGCCCGUGCGUCCGGGAACCAAACCUACGACUCGUACAAAACCGACCGACGCAACAUCGGAAAAACCCACAGAAUCGGAAACUGGCCAAACAACGGAAGCAGAAGAAACUCCAAGUCGCCUGCUGGGUCCCAUUAUUGCUACGAUCACUUUAUUGGUUGUUGUGUGCAUGCUGGCUACCAUUUAUCUGUAUUACUAUCAUGGACAGCGUGUCAAACAUUUGAUGUUAUGGAAGCGGGAACAAAAAACUCCAAUAAUUUCAUAUCCUCCAGCGGUGACACCAUCUCUAACACCAAUGCCUCCGAUUCCACCGCCACGAACGAAAAGACUAUCGCAAACAAUUAAUGAAAUUGAUGCUAAUGAAUCAAGUGUGUUGAAUGGAUCAAAUAGCACUGUAGCAUGAGUCUGCGACACACACAACAAAACACGAAAAUUGUAAAAGACUUAACAUUUUAGGUUAGAAACGAGAUUUCGAUCUCAUUUUAAGUAUUUAUUUCGGAUAAUUAGUUCGGUGUGCAGCAAAAAGGACAUACAAUAAAAGUUGGAAUUUUGUUAAA